AUGUCUAAUCCAACACAAUACAGAAUCAAAUCAUAUAUUGAAUCUAAAGAAAAAGAUAGAAAUAAUAUUGACAAACUCUUUUCUAUUGCAUUUCAAUCAUUAGAUAUGAUGAUACAAUGUUAUAAUGAAUUAGAUAAAAUAGCAACAAAAUUUUUAAAAGAAUCAAUUCUAGAAAAAGAAAAUCAAGAAUAUCAAUCAUUAAUAACAUAUCUCGUUAUUAAUGCACCUGUUACAAGAAAUUUAUAUGGAAAUAAUUAUGAAGAAGCAUUAAUGGAUGAAAUUGAUGAAUUUUGUCAUUUAUAUUUUCUAAAAAAAAGAGAAAUGGCAAUAAUGUUACCUGAUUUAUAUGCUAUUUACAAUAGAGCUCGUGGUACUUUAGUUAGUCCAGAAGAACUAAGAAAUGCAUGUGAAUUACUUAAUAAUAAAGGUAAAUAUGUUGGAUUAAUGAAUAUCAAUAAAUCAUUAAUUAUUCAUGAAAGAGAUUUUACAUUAGAAAACUUUCAAAACACUGUUCUUAAUGUAUUAAAAUCAGCACAAAAAAUUAGUAGUUUUACAAUUGCACAACAUUAUGGAGUUCAAUAUGCAAUUGUUAAAUCAUUAAUGGAUCAAUUAGAACAAAAUGAAUUAAUUUGUCGAGAUGAAUCAGAAGAAGGUAUUAUGUAUUAUGAAAAUCUUUUCAAUACUCAAUAUCUUCAAUAUAUUAAAUAA